AUGACAAAUCAAUUUGUAAAUGCGGUGUAUUAUCCUUCGUGGAAAAUAUACAAAGGCCUUGCACCAUCAGAGCUGCAAUUUCAGUUGAUUACCCACAUCUUCUAUGCCUUUGCUCGCAUCAACACAGAUGGGACAUUGCGCCUCUUAGAUGAGAAAGCUGACACGCAACUUACUGUCGAUGGCGAACAGGGCUGCUUUACUACCCUCGCAAAGCUCAAACGCCAAAAUCCACAUAUCAAAACACUCUUGUCUGUAGCAGGGGGUAGUGGGAGUGCCAGCUUUCCGGCCGUUGCAGCGAGCUUCCAAGUACGAGAGUCUUUCGCUAGGACAGCCCGCGAACUCGAACACCCCGAAACACCCGCGGAGGGCGAGAACUUCGUCCACCUUCUCCGCGCCACGCAAGCUGCCCUGCCCUCACCAACGCACCAGCUAAGCACCGCACUACCAAUGGGCCAGUACUACCUGAAGAACAUCAAUCUCUUUGAAGCAGCACAAGAGCUUGACCUUCUCAACCUCAUGGGGUACGAUUUCGCUGGCCCCUGGACGGAGAUCUCUGGCCACCAAGCACAGCUGUUCACACCAUACGGAGACGGCUCCCCCUCACUCAAAAAAUCUUGUUCCAAUGGGGUCAAAUAUGUCCUAUCACGGGGUUUCCCAGCCAACAAGUUGGUCUUAGGAAUCCCUGCCGGCGAGGUCGAUUACGAGAGCCUUCCGCCAGAGUGGGUUGAGAAAGCACAAGUUGAUUACGCGUUAGGCGUCGUGUAUUAUAUCAAUCUUCAGGGGAAGGGAUUUGUGUCGUUUGAUGUCCCGGGUACUGGUCUGGCUGGGUUGUUCAAUUGGACUGGGGCAGGAGACACGAAAGGAGAAAGUAGUCUGGUUGCUUCCGGCUACAAAGCCCUGAGUAGGUGA